CAUUUUCCACUAUUUACUCUCUCUUUCUCUCUCUCUCUCUCUCUCUCUACAUUAAUUAAUUUAAUGGCUGAUUUCCAAACUAAAUCAAACGCUACUACCCCUUUCAAAUUAAAACUCUUUGGUUUUGAUGUUCGAGAAGAUCAAUUAGAAGAUGAUGAUUCCGCCGCUAAAACCCCAACUGGCUCAUCGGAAUCCGGCGUAUUUACCCCUUCCACCGACCGCAAAUACGAGUGUCAAUAUUGCUGCCGUGAAUUUGCCAACUCACAAGCCCUCGGCGGCCACCAAAACGCCCAUAAAAAAGAAAGGCAGCAACUUAAACGAGCUCAAUUACAAGCCACUCGUAACGCCGCCGUCGCCUACGUUAGAAACCCAAUUAUCUCCGCCUUUGCUCCUCCCCCUCACCUUCUUGCCACCACCGCCUCCGCUGCCGCUCCUCCCGGCGGCCAGUUCCUCCUCCCUAACCCAGCCACCGCCGGAACCUCCUCUUCCUGGGUUUACAUGCCACGUACCCCGCCGCCGACGAUCCACGUUUCCUCACAUGGGUGUGUCUUUCCGACGGCCGGCGGCGGUGGUACGUCGGCGAUGUUGUCGGCGUACGGCGGUGGAGUAGGGAAUUCGAUGGCAUUCACGAUGGGACCUCAAGUAGUGGAAGGGGUUUCGUUAAAGAGAUUUAGCAAAGGGGAAAAUGGACCGGGUUUUGAUGACGGAAUUGGGUUGGAUUUGCAUUUGAGAUUGGCUCCGGCGGCACCAUGAAAACGAGUUCCGACUCGGUUGAUUUUAAAUUUUAUUCCUACGUUUUUUGUGUAUGCAAAAUUUUUCACAAACCCUUGUGGGAAUCUUUGUACAUUCUUCUUCUUCUUUCUUUCUUUUCUUCUUCUUUUAUUUAUUAUUAUCAUAAUUAUAUUAAUCCGAUCGAUCUCCCUCGAAAUUCAAAACACAUUUC